AUGAUGUCAGGCUCAUUCGGGACUACAAACGAUCAGGCUCGGGCCCAGCGUCACGGCAUACCCCAGACGACUCUCGCGAGACGACAAGCUUCCACUACCACAUCAUCUCUCGAACUUGACGACCAACUCUCUGAAAAGGUCCUGGAACUACGUGGCGAUCUCGAAAAUGGGACACAACCAUCACCCGAUCAAACCGUGCUAUACCUCGCAUACGGUUCGAACAUGGCCUCGAAAACGUUCCUGGGUAACCGCGGCAUCAAGCCCAUUUCACUUAUCAACGUCUACGUCCCCGAGUUGAGACUCACUUUCGACCUCGCCGGUGUACCCUACCGGGAACCUUGUUUCGCAUCGACCCGAUAUCGUCUGGGCCACGGCCCCAGUGGGAACACGGAUAACUAUAACUAUGCGAUGGUCGAGAAGGACAUGUCUGAGAAAGCACCGCUCUGGCGGCAGGGCUAUGACGACGAGAGAAACGCCUGGCACAAACCGCUCAUCGGGGUCGUGUACGAAAUCACACUGAAAGACUACGCCUGGAUCAUCGCAACGGAGGCAGGAGGACGUGGAUACAACGACGGAAUCGUGACUUGCUAUCCAUUCCCGGAGACCUACAAUCCAGUCGAUGACGUCCCGGAGCAUCCGUCCACACGACCAUUCAAAGCACAUUGUCUUCUCUCGCUCAUUGCCGACGAGGAUGACUACGCUGCACACGGGGACAUCAGUCUACUGCGCAAUCCCAGAAUCCGCCCUGACCCGUCCUAUGCUCAACCUUCCAAGCGCUAUAUUGACAUUCUCAACGCCGGCGCGGUCGAGAAUAACCUCCCCUUCUCAUACCGCGCGUAUCUCUCGCAGAUCCCCUCGUACCGUGUCACCACCACGCGACAACGGAUUGGAAAGUCUAUAUUCCUUUCCAUAUGGGGUCCUUUAUUUGUAUUCGUCACGUACCUCACCAUGAAAUAUGCCAAGCCGGAUGGAUAUAGUCCGCGGUGGUUGACUGUGAUCUCGACUAUUGUGCAUGGUUGUAUGUGGGCGUGUUAUGAUUUGAUUUUUGCGAGGGUGUUUGGGGAUGGGGAGAGGACAAUUGGGGAUUAG